AUGGCGGGCGACCUUGGCGAUGGAUUGGCCGGGGGAGGGGAUGAUCCGAUGGAGGAGUACGAGAUGAUGGGCGAAGCCGAGGAUGAUGACGCAUUGCUCGGCGACGAGGAUGACAUUGUACGUGUUAUUCCACUGGACGACGAUAACUCGCUUGGCCAUUCACAAGCACCACAAGAGAUUAGCGGAGAUGAAGAAAUGCAAGAUUCUGAUGACGAUGACGGUGACGAAGAAGCGGGUGAAGUGCUUUCGGAAUCGCAGCUAGUGAGGGCGUGCAACGACGAGGUAUAUACAGUAACGUGUUUUCGCAACUGGCUGGUUGUUGGUGGAAAAAAUGAUCAGGCUGUUCUCUACAGGCUUGAUAAUCUUUCGGAACCAAUACUUACGAUUGAUGGCCAUAAAGAUAGCGUAAUUUGUGCCGAGUUCAAUGGCCGAGGUCGGCUGCUAGCGACAGGUGAUAUGUCUGGCCUGAUUAUUGUUAGCGAUCCAGUGCAGCCAAAGAAAUGCUACACGAUUGAAGACUGUGAAGAGUUAUCCUGGAUGAAAUGGCACUUUUCGGCUGAUAUUCUCCUUGCUGGUGGCCGAAAUGGCAUAUGGAUGUGGCUCAUAACGCUUGAUGGUGUACAGCAGACAAAGACCUACUUUUGUGGCUCAGUGGCCAGAUCAACUGAUGGCAGUUUGUUAAAUGAUGGACGACGACUGAUUUCAUGCUAUGAGGAUGGCUCAGUACGAAUCUGGUCCCUGAAAGAUGAAAAAUCGAUGAGCAUAACGACCGGAGCUCAAGAUGCCACUCGCCUGGAUACUCACCACAGUUUAUCUCUGGCCAUUGUUGGUGAUACAGCUGGACAUUGCUUUCUUGUGAGCACCGAUACAGCCAAAGUACUGAAAGUUUUCAACGUACAUGAAGGAAGCGAACACGGCUGCGGCUCGAUUGAGUGCGUGAGGUUUCAUCCGGGCGAUAUGCGAUGGUUUGCUGUUGGCACGAAUUUUGGACGUUUUGCUAUUUACGAUUUUGCUACUGGAACACUGCGACACGUCCUGCUAGACAACGAGGAGGCAGUGGUAGAUUGCAAGUGGUAUCAGCCGGGGCCAGGGCAACAGUAUCGCCUCAUUGCGGCACAAUAUGACGGCACUGUUACAACAUGGUCGUCCGCCGCAGAUAACACUACAGCUUUGGUAUGUGUGCAUUUGACACUAUCGUAUUUAUACUGGGGUGGCCAGACAGUAAUAAAAAGAUGUGGGUGUUUGGUGAGAAUGGCCGUUUUUACCUGUUUUUGA